AUGUUCAGCAACAGAAAAAAUUCCCAGAAGCCAGACGAAGAGUUCAUUCAACGAUUCCAGAAAACUUUUUCUGAGGUAGUGCCCUUAGGCUCGCAACGCAAUACUCCCGGUUUGGGGCAAGUGGCUGGCAAUCAGCCUAUCACUCCAUCUAGGCUCAUGGAGAGUGAUGGUAUCAAAGUGAAUGACGCUACACCGCGCGCCGCACAAGACUUGCGAUUUACACCUUCGUUUGUCGACCCGAACUCCCUAUCAUAUAUGAACUUCCCAGCCCAACAGACUGGGUAUUACACACCGAAUUCGGGGGGUUUGGGGCCAGUUUUCCAUAGCCAAGCUGGAGACCUACACACGCCCGGCAUGAGCAUGAUCACACCCAUGUCCCUUACGCAGCAGAUUACCGGCCCAACCUUAAGCGCUGGUGGCCAGGCGUUUGGCCUGGAUCACUAUGAUCAGCACUAUAUCAAUCCACAUUUUCAUAACCCACAGGCAUUCGCCUCACAAGCGUCUUUCGCGCCCAGCGCAUUUGUUCACCGCGAUUCAGGCUACGAUGCUAUGGAUGAGUCCGUGGAUGAAUUGUCUCUAAAUGACGUCGAUAUGCAGGGAAAUACUUCCCGGUUUGCCGCUUCGACAACACAUGAAAUUUCAGAUACUCCAGGAUCUAGUGAGAAUUUCCGCUAUCAUGUCACAUUGCGUGCCCCAACCGCUAUGAUCAAGCAUCAGAACGAAAUCCCUAUUUCCUAUCUAAACAAAGGACAAGCUUAUUCAGUUUCUGUCGUCGACUCAAACCCGCCGCCCAUGACGGGACAGCCUGUAAGAUACCGCACGUUCAUCCGCGUCUCUUUCCAAGAAGAGGAGCAGAGAUCAAAACCUGCUGCUUGCUGGCAAUUAUGGAAGGAGGGACGUGGCUCUAGUGAGGCGUAUCAGCGAGGCGGCAAGCUCCAGGCGGUUGAAUAUGUCGACCCGAUCCAAGGAGGCAUUGGAGACCGCAAGCAGCGGCAAAUUCAACUGGAGAGUGCAUCGUUUGAUGGAUUCUGUGUCACGUGGACGGCCAAUCCGGCGACUGGAGUACCUGAAUGCGCCAUCUCUGUUCGGUUCAAUUUCCUAUCCACAGAUUUUAGCCAUUCCAAAGGUGUCAAAGGUAUUCCCGUUAGGCUUUGUGCCAAAACGGAGAUUAUUACCCCAGAGAGCGCAGAUUCCCGCGAAGCCGAAGUGUGCUACUGCAAAGUCAAGCUUUUCCGCGACCAUGGAGCCGAGCGGAAGCUGUCUAACGACGUCGCUCAUGUGAAGAAGACGAUUGAGAAGCUGCGUCAGCAGAUCGCUCAGGCCGAAAUGGGUGGAGGCAAUUAUGGCAAGCGGAAGCGAGCUGGUAACCCUAUUUCUCUGAAGAGUUCUGACCAGCGCCCUGCGAAAAUCUCCAAACACAAGAGGACAUGGUCAAUGAGCUCACAGGACGGCGAGAAACUGCCUGUGGAAGAUGAUCUUCAUGCAAAGUUGGCCAUGAUGCAGGACAUGUUCACCUCCACUCGGCCAGUGAGUAUUCUCGGACUUCGGGGCGACGAACAAGACGAUCCGGAUCUAUAUCCUGUGAUCUUACCUGGCGACUUGGAGGGCUCAUCGAAGCCCGGUGACCCUCGUCUUAGUAUCGAUGCCUCUGCGUAUACUCUGUCACCGACCAGCAGCAAUGUCUCGAUCAACUCGCCGUGCCAUCCCCCACAGGUUCCGCAGCAUGGACGUUUCUAUGAUUCUGGCUACCAGGGAUCAAUGGGCAAUUCAAGGGACAAUUCGCGACCUAGUUCUGAAUUCUCUGGCGACAAGAUGAUUCUCAAGCAUCCAGUCAAAGUGCAGAGAAUUUCUGGAGGUUCGAAUCUGUCAAUGGGAUACAUCGAAGCCGUGGAUAUUGAUCCCACCUACAGACCACCUGCGGAGCGUCCUCAAAAGCCGAUUGCAUGUUUCUACAUUCGCUUUCCACGAACCAACCGAAAGGGCGAUGAUUAUUAUCGUGCAGUCUAUCUGACUGAGCGAACCGUCCGUGAUUUGAUGGAAAAAAUUUCCAUGAAGCAGAAGAUCGAUCCACAACGUAUAGUACGCGUUCUGCACGUUAAGGAAAACGGCCUUAAGAUCAUGGUUGAUGACGACGUGGUCCGUGAAUUGCCCGAUGGCCAAGAUAUGGUUGUCGAGAUUUCAGAAGCAUCAGCGUUCGACCAUGCAGUGGCAAACAGUUCCGAACACCUGAACCCCGCAGUGGAGGUCAAAUUAAGCUACUGA